AUGCACAAAGGGAACGCGGGCUGUCAGCGGUGUACUGCGGUUGGGUAAGAGUAUUUGUAUAAAGUGCUUAUGACAAUUGCAUCACUACCCGGCCCCUUACUGACCCCCUCCCUAUUUGUUAUAUCGGUGAUCUCCACGGCAUGCACCGUUUAGUACGCAUAACGUGAACAAUGUUUAAGAUACCUGGACGUACUCCAACACCACCGCACCAACCUACAGCAAGUCGGCAAUCUCCCGACCUUGGCGGUCGCUGUUUUACGGGAUUUGCAAGUAUCCAUGGUGAGAACAGCUGGUAGGCCUACGUAACCCUUUUAAGUUUAAAUUUAUCCGCCGUAACCCAAAUUGGGGGACCAGGCGUGGAAGUACAGAUAGACGAGACGCUCAUAAGUCGCGGCAAGUAAAACAGGGGACGACCGCGGCGGCAGUUGUGGGUCAUAUAUGUACGAUACACGCAGGCGGAAAGCCCUAUUUGAACAGAUUAACAACCGCAGCUGGGAGUCCAUGAGGCCCGUCAUAAGGAAGUGGGUGGCUGCUGGUAGUGUUAUCGUAACCGAUGAGUGGAAAGGUUGCACCCGCCUACCGUCCGAAGGUUGUAGGCACUGCACUGUGAACCGCCGUAGGGGCUUCGUGAAUCCCACAACGGGACGGCAUACGAACGCCAUAGAGGCCAACUGGAGCAGAUUAAGGGGGAACCCUAAUAGCAAGCGAGCUCGCCGCAAGCCGGUGUACUUGGGGGGGAGGGGGUAGUGGGUCUGGAGCCUGCUCGCGGUUUGGAUUUGUUCCCGGGUCGGCUGCGUCGGCGUCGCCAAGGGCGCAAGCGGCCGCGCAUAGUUGCACUUGAUUAUCGAUUGGCUUGGUGCCCGAUAGUCCUCUGCCUCUUGCCGGUGCCACUUUUUGCUCUCUCAUGCUGCACUGCACACGUCGUGUCUCGCUCUACGCUGACAAUGCCUACCCUAACUGUCUUUGUUUUUGUGUUCGCUUGUGUCUCCUUUUACGCACAGUUAUAUUUACUCCUGUUAGUAGGCGUUCAUACGGCGUCAAGCCUACCUACUGCGAUUGCAGCCGUUACCUACUGACGAUGGGAAAGCUGGUGAUUGAGGAAAGCCUACAAACGCCAAAUGGAUAUGCUAACCAACGAGCGCGCAGACGAAGACUGGAAGGUGUGACUCUGUACUUCGUCCACAUGCUCUCCAUGCCUAACUACAGUGCCUGUGGCCGCUACCGGCCGGUCUAA